AUGCGGACACGACGGCGACCAGUAUUACAAGACAAGACACCUGGAAACACGCCGCAGAAACCGAAGGCGAAGGCCGUUCUCACAGGGAAACCCAAGCUUGUGCCUGUGGUCGAGAUCAAGACGAAAGUGCGCCGGAGCAGUAGAGUCAAGCAUGUAGAGGCAGGUCAACCUAUGGAAGUCGACGGGGCAGCUCCCGCCCCGCAGGAGCAGGAGCGAGGUGAGGCGCUCCCGCUUGAAACUGGAGCCACCCUCGACGACGCGCCUCCAAAGCGUGCACGAGGCCGACCUCGCAAAGCUACAAGUCAGAAGAAACAUGUCGCACCUCCGCCGUCUCCGAAGGCAGUCGAUUUCUCUAAUGGUCCUGAAGACAUCAACCCUGAUCGUCGCGCGCCGGAAGAAGCCGUUCAAGACGAGAACGCUACCAAGGCGGCGCGAGAGAGUGCGGCUCCGAAGCGCGGAAGAGGGCGACCUCGCAAGGUUUUGGCUAAGACGCAAGACCCUACACCUCCACCAUCGCCAAAGGCAGAUAUCGAUUUCGGCAGCGAUACAGGGCAUGAUCUUCACGGCGCGGACGAACUCGUUCAAGAUGAGAACGCGCGUGUACUUCCGUCCCCUACAACACCCACCGUUGGGCGUCGAGCUCCUCGCCCUCGCGCUCGUCCUCAAGUGAGCUCCGCGCCAGCAGCAGAUCGGGCAUCGCUGGAAUCCCUGCCGCCGUCAUCGUUUGCUGUUGAUGCGCGGCCGAGCUCACCGGCGUCCGUUCCUGUCGCCGACGAAGAGAGCACUGCGUCCGAAGCGGUGAGGGCGAUCCUCAGCACCCCUUCUCCCGCGCGCAUCAUCCGCGCUCCCAUCCCGGUAGAGUCGACUCCGCUGGGGCGCUUGCCUCCCCUCGAAGCCUCCCUGCGGCCGUUUGCAAGUAGUAUCCGCAAGUGGAACGCCGAUGUCUCACGGACGUACUCUUCCCUUCCACCAUCUUCGCCCCCUGUGCAAGUGCCUGUUGCGACUAGCUCACAGGCACGAUACCAGGCAGAGUUCUCGGACGAGAAGGAGCCAAUUCGCUAUGCGAAGAGGAAGACACCGCCGAGCGACGACGAUCUGUUUGGUCUGCUCGCGGCCGAGAAGAAGCUCAAGACGAUCCGUCAACGGCGGAUGCCCGUCGAGUCCUCACGGGCUCCUGGUGGUACACGUGCGCCGCUCGGGAUGCUUGCUCUGGACGAGGUCCCUUCGGUGGGGGUGCCGAUUCCCGACAGGCUGCCUACGCCGAUACCGUCUGAUGAGCACAACAUCGACGACUUGUACCUUGACGUCGACCCCGUCCGUCCUGGUCGGUCUCACGUGGAUGAAGAGGACGACGAAGAGGACGAAGAUAAGGAGAAUCUCCCCACAGAGGACUACAACCUCAACGAGGACAAGGAGAACAUGUGUCCGCCCCACCUCGUCUUCGACGACUUCAAGGAGAACGACCUACCUCCUGACGGCCCCGACGAAGCUCUGGGUGACGACGAGAAUGACGAGAACCUGGCGUCGGCGUCCGUCGCGCCCAUACUCCUUGCAUCCGCCAAGAAAGGCUUUGGGCUCGACCAGCUCCUCGUCGAGCCCUCCUCGUCCUCCGCAAGCCCAAUGCAUGCCCUUCGUACGCCUCACAAGCACCGCAGCGCGCACCAGCGCUCGCCUUUGCCCACCCCGCACUUCUCGGACGACGGGGACGUGCUCGAGGACUCGCCUGCGACUGUGCACGCGAGGUCGGAGGGGUUGGGGUGGCACGAGGAAAGCCCGAGCCCGGUCAAGCCAUCUGCUGCCCUGAGGGGCAAGGGCAAGGCCGUGGCGAGGGACCCUGUGCCGGCUCUGGAUAAGGGGAAGGGGAAGGCAGGGCCAUCGAAGCCUCGUCAGCCUCUCGCGACGCUCGAGUACGAGGACCCGUAUGCGGAGCCUGCCAAGGUCGCGGGCAAGAAGCGCACACGUGCUCAGGUGGGGGCGCAUGCAGGUUUGAAGGAGAGCGAGAGCGAGGAGUCGGAUCCGCGCGCAGCGGUGAUGAAGUUGGAGGCUCUGUUGCCGAGAAGGGCGAAGAAGGCGAGGUUGGAGGAAGCGAAUAAGGUCAAUAAGGGGAAGUCAAAGACGAAAGGGAAAGAGAGGGACAGGGAGAACGUGCCAGAGAGUACGGAGAGUGGGUCAGGGAGCGAGGACGAGGAUAGGGGUGUGGGUAGCGACUCGUCACCGCCGAAGAUUCCUGCGCGCGCAGCUCGCGGAAGAGGUCGAGGACGCGGCCGCGGCCGCGGGCGAGCGCAAGCGAUUGCCCCCACUUCGAACGGACGUACGAGUGUCCCGGCUUCGAGGGGCCGGUCGACGUCGCGAGGCAGGCCUCCCACGUCGAAGGGCAAGGGCAAGGAGCGGGCGACGGGGGUGGUGGAUCCUGAUGAGGACGAGGAGAGGCUGCGGAAGCGACAGGAGCGACUCGAGUAUUUCAAGAAACUCCAGGAUUAUAGCUUGGAGAAGGAGGACGUGUACGUUAUCUGA